AUGAGAGAUAAACAAACGCCCUGCUUUGGUAUGGAAUCACACAUCAUUCUUGCAUUUAUUAAUACAACAAUAGAAUGUAGAAGAAAGCGUCGUAAAUGCGUUCGAGUUGUUCCUGGCCAGUCUUGUUUACGCUGUCAAAAGAUGGAUAAAGUGUGUCCAUGCAAAGAGGAUAAUGUGAUAGAACCAGACAACGAGCUGAACUAUCUAAAACAACAAGUGAGCGAACUAAAUCAAGCAAUUCAGAAAAUGGAGCAUGAAUUAAAGACAUUGGGAACAAAAUCUCCAUUGUACAUCAAGAACAAUGCAAUGACCUUACCACGAUCUGCAAUCGACAACCUGCUCUAUAAUUGGAAAGUCAAAAUUAAUAAUGGUUGUUUUACUAUUGAGACAGGCAUUAAAAGCAUCGGCGACUUACUAUCGCAGCAGCCGUCUCUUAGGUAUCUGUCUCCCCUGGGGAACUACGCCACCAGGUUACCAGACGGCAGCAGCGCUUUGAUACAUUUUAAGUUACAAGACCACGGAGGUCUGUUUUCUCUAGCAGGGAAGAUUAUACCUAAACUGUCUACGAAAAAGAGAUCCGAUGAGCACAAGUUAUUACUAGGCCACGUCAUGUUCAGUUCGCGUAGAUUAAUCGAUAAGCUUGUUGACAUUUAUUUCAAUUGCCAUAACAUCUACUUUGGCUGGUUGUAUGAACCAUCAUUCAGGAAACGAUACAGUCAGUUGAAGGAGCCUCUAGAUGACUUGAUCUGUGCUUCUUUAUGCUGUUAUGUUUGCGCAACGCCCUGCGAUCAUCUCGACUUUAAUGCCUAUCAGCGAAGGGAUAUGUGCGACUACUUUUAUCUAAAGGCUAAAGAGAAGUUGCUCGAUCAGUUUGACGAUCCUGAUAAACGGUUAGAAAAUGUGAUUGCGAUCAAUAUGCUAUUUUCGUAUAUGCAUAUGACAUUGAAGUUAAUAGAAUAUGACGCUUAUAUGACUAUAGCUACUCAAAUAUGUUACGACCUUCAGUCCGAGUACGAAGCAGCCAAGGCUCAAACUGGUAUAGACUAUGCUCUCUUUGCUCGUCACUUUACACAGAUGUUUUGUGUUCGCUUGACGCUCGACUGCAUUGCAAAUAAACCACGUUCUCGUAUGCCCAGCCCUAUGCCAAAGAUGGAUACAUUUCCAUGUGAACCUAAAGAAACAGGAGAGUAUCUGCAAGUGCUUAAGUGGUUGAAUGAAGUGUACUCAAAUCCAGUUAUGGAUAAACUAGAAGAACAAGUUCACCUUGUAUUCCUUGGAAGCACUUGUACUCUAAGCUUUGAUACAAUAUUCAAACUGGAUCAGUUCUUGACCGAUUUUCGAAAAACGAUUCCCAAGGAGCUUCAAUUAUGUGAUGAUUUUUUCAAUGAAGCAAAGUGUAGACAGGCUUUAGAUCAGUCAAAAGACUCUGUUGCCAUUUUUGCCUUUUUACAUUUUAUAUUGCUUAUAGAUACAAUAUACGUAAUGAUAUUACAACCAGUCCCUACAAAUGACGAAAAUGAUAUACUACUACAGCAAAUUCAGCAGAUUGCCCUUGAAAGGUCAUCACAGAUGUCACGUCUGAUGCUUUAUGGGAUGAGAAGAUUAUGUCAACUCAAGAGCACAUCACGCUGUCAAGUGGUCAUGAUAUCUGCAAUGAUUAUACUCUAUUUAAUUGAUCUCUUAGUUCUACAGUGUUCCUCAACUGUUGAAGCCGUCGUUAUUGAAGGCCAGCAGAGGCUUCAAGAGUGUCUUGUCGUAAUCAACACUAUUCGUGGAGUUCGACGCGAAGAUACCCUUCCUCAGUUGUUGGAUGUGAAAAGGGAUAUUAGAGAUUUUAUUCAUAGUAGGAAGGUGGAUAUUGACUAUUAUGACCGCUUUCCAGAUCCUUGGUGUGCAUUAUUACACGAUAUAUCCCACUGUUUUUUGUAG